AUGACCUUGCCAUCGUCAGAUUCUGAGAAGACUAUUCGCAAGUUUGACAUUGCUCAGGUUUCUUACUGUCUUCAAGAUCGUUUGGGCCUCGCAAAGCUCAAGUUACAACAUGGGGAUCUUCAUGGAUUGAAGUUGAGGGACAACAAAGCUGGUCCCUCGGACAACGAGAAACCUUCCGACUCCUCCUCCACUUUCUCGCGCAGCCGUUGCGAGACCCCGGCAACCUCACCUCCCAUCCAAAAUGCUACAUACUCAAGAGAGCUCCUCCGAUCAGCCCGGAGUAAGCAUGCUGUCAUGUUCGACAAGCGGGUGCUCACUGCCACCCAGCCCAUGUUGACCGGGAAGCGAACCCGAUCAGACUCCCUCUCGGAACGCCCAGCAAAGGUGCAACGGGUGUCGUGGAAGAGCAACCAUCGUCUGCCUCAGUCUUCACCAGGUCACCAGACCUUACCAUCCCACAGACGCACGCGCAUGCCCUUUAUGUCAGAGGCUCCAAUUGCGGAGCUAUCCUCGCCAGCAUUCCACAAUCCUUCCGAUGAAGAGAACGACCCGGACCUGCCAUUGCACAGCUUCCAAACUGUAAGCUCCAUGGCGGGCUCAUCGCCCCCGCGAACUCCGCAACCGAGACAUGCUAGGCUACCGCGAGCGGAUCAUCCCUUCGAUCGUGAGAAUGGAGCGGACCUCUUGAUGUACCUGGCCAAUUCACCCACUCCCGCUCGAGUUGCUGCUGGCUCCCAUCUGUUCCCUCCGUCUACACCCCCGAGCCAACACAUUGGUCUCCCGCACAUGACCCCCAAUAUGGGAACUCCAGGUCAGCCAUUGAACUUUGCCGAUUUUGUCAACGUUACACCGAGCCCGGCCCAGCCUCCCUGGCCGGCUUCCCGCACUCCUUUGUUCUCGAAGGAGGCCCGCAAGAAGUUGGACUUUGAUGCAAUGCACCCUCCACCUGCCUCUCCCCGAGCUGGCCUUGCACUCUCUCCUCGAGUUGGUCUUGCUCUAAUCCCUGCCUCUCCUCGGGCUGGCCUUGCUUUGAAAUUUCAACUCGGUGGCGAGCUUAAACGUUAA